AUGGGUCUCACCUUCCCACUGAUUCCAACUCUGCUCUGCCUACUAGCAGGUGCCAGCGACCUUGUCCAUGGACACAAAUGCGGUCCAACCGUGCAAGAGAUCGUCAAAACUUUGAACAUCCUCACAGUGAAAAAGUAUGCGUGCACCGAGUUGACUGUAGCAGAUGUCUUUGCUGCCCGGAAGAAUACAACUGAGAAUGAAACCUUCUGCAGGGCUGCAUCUGUGCUUUUGGGGAUUUAUACACGUCCCAAGUGCUUCAACAAACACCUGAGAGGACUCUACAGGAGCCUCAGCAACAUGAAAAACAUGACCGACUGUCCUGUGAAUGAAACUAAGACGUGUACACUGAAAGACUUCUUGGAAAGGCUAAAGAUGAUCAUGAAGGAAAAAUACUCAAAGUGUCAAAGAUGA